GGAAUUGAUGAUUUUAAAGUCACAUGUACGAAAUAAGGCCCAACCAGAAGGUUCCAUUACAGAAGGUUAUAUUGUGAAUGAAUGUUUAACCUUUUGUUCUCGAUAUCUUCAAGAAGUUGAAAUGACAUUUACUCGUCCUCAAAGAAACUGUGAUCGUGUGAACAAUGAAGAGAUUUACCUUUUCUCAAGCACCGGAAGAAUAAUAGGGAAAGCAGAAAGUGUGACUCUAGAUGACAUGUCUUUGGCCCAAGCCCAUCGAUAUGUGAUGAUCUAUUGUCCAAUUACCAAAG